GAUAGGAAAGAGACCUUUUCUUGGAACAGGUGGACGGUCAAGGUUACGACUAUCGGAUAUUGCUGGCAUUGAAAUGAAGCGCGUGAGAAACAAGCUGUGUAGAUGGAUCUGCAUGUAUGUACGAGUAUGUACCCUGCGUGUCAAACACAUCGACCAGGAUAAACCGCGCCACGAUCAUCGAGUAGUUCCACUCAUGAAGCGUCUCGGAUGGCUAGUCUUUGGGAUUGAUUGGUGUACAUUCAGCCUUUGGUCUGUCGUGGAGCAGCGCUUAACGCCUUCUGUGCCUAAAGGAUGGAGCGGCUCGGGAUUGGGCAAGAAACGCAAUAUGCCAUGCUCCGAUGCCGCAGAAAUUUGGGUACCUAAGGUGAACAGCCCUGGUGAGAGAUAUAAUUCUAGCAGACAUGGAUGAAGAGGUAAUGAGGGGAGGGGUUAGGUUAUUUGGCAGCCAACAACAAUUCUGCAAUGAUGCUUCUCUUCGUAGGCACCAGAUA